AUGGCAGAACCCCAAGCACGCCGGUACCUGACCCGUGCACGUGCAAAAGCAGAAGAUAGUACGGUCGAGAAUAGGCUUCCAUACCAAUGGAAAGCGUCUACAGACAGUACUGCCCCACGAGUUACAAGAGCAACCAAGAGAGCAGCACCCUCAAGAGCAAUUGAGAGUGCUGCCAGUGCACACGUAGCACCGAAGCGCAAAACCACUAAGAAUGGCGCUGUUGCAAAGAAGUCUUCUAUAGUUGCGCCCUCAAAACAGGUAAAGAAAGUCACUUUCAACGACGACAAAGAAAACCUCAUACCCGCAACCCCGAGACGAGAGGAGCCCCCAGCUGAGCCGGAAAGAAAUGCGGACGAGACAGACGAGCUUAUGUCUUCGAUGGGUGCGCUGUCGGUGAAGCCGCUCCGGGUUCCAGCGACUAAGCUGCGGCUUCCCACGACAAACAUGAAUGUCAGCUCAGCGUUUGAUCCUAUGCCUGCAUUGUCACCAUCAAAGGCUCGCCGUCCUCUGCCAACUCCUAGAGGUGCUGAUGAUCCAGACAUGGAAGACGAAUUGUCCAGCCCUAUUCCUAAACUUGCGGCUAAACCCAUUCGUCCAAUUGGCCUAUCCUCACCCACCCGAGGACUUGGGCAGUCGGCAAAAAAGCCACUAGAUUUAACUGCUUCGCUGACUUCCCCUGCAAGACGGCCUCCAACCUCUCCUUUUAAGCUCACCACUGCGAAUACCCCAUUUUCCAAGUUGAACGGGGGUGGACCGAGAUCAGAGAUUACUUCACCAGCUAGGCGCCCACCUCCUCCUACAUUUACUGCUGCUGGAAACCAAACUAAGAAUGGAAUCAAGCUUGGUCCAAGUGUCACUUUGAAGAUGGAGAUUCCAGAUUUAUCAAGACCUGGUAUCAAGAGCCCUGCUAAAAGGCCCAAGGUACCAAUCGUGUUCAAGGCAGAUGAGUCGGAGGAUGAGUUAGGGAUGGAUAUGGAAGAUUAUAAUCUGGGUCGAUUACCAACGCGAGUCCCCAAGAAGCGUGUACAGAUUCACAGGACACCUGAGGAUAUUGCGGCCCAAGAAAAUACAAUCUUCGAGAAGGAUGAGCCUACAACGGUGAAACAUGAGCGCAAAGAGAUGGCCCGGUCAUCCACGCCCCCGAGCCCAGUUCAUGAUGACAUUCUUGGUGAAAAAGUGGAGAAUGACGAUCUCGAUGCAGAAGGAGAUACCGAAAUGGACGAUGCAGACGAAAGCGAAUUGAUGGAACAAAUCGCGCUUUCGCCAACAAAAUAUAAGAGCCCAACGCAAGGUAGCAACAGUUAUGGCUUUUUUAGUCUUCGGGGUGAUAGCGAGGAGGAGGACGAAGUGUCCCCAGCCCCUUUCACGGGAAAUCCUUUUGCCAAUAUUAAUCUCCAGCCUUCGGAAAGGAAAACCUUGUUUCCCAACCCUCAGAUCGCUACACCUAAGGAACGAGAAGCUCCGGUCAUUAAAGAAUCAGAUGCUUCGAUUCCUAUAGAUCCAUUCUUGUUAACUCUUGAUGCGCCAGCUAACCCUGUGCGACCAUUUGAGAGUCCAUUACGAACAAUGAAGGUCCCAGUCAAGAUGCAUUCCAUCGACGAUGAUCUAUCUAGCGAAGAUGAAGAAGACGGGAAUGAAGAUGGAGAGAACGCUAUUGCAUCACAAUUGUCCUCACAGAGCUCUACAAGAAGUAAUGUCAUCCGCCCGGCUGGUGUACUUGCUGGUGCAGUUGUAUUUGUGGAUGUGUACACAUCAGAAGGCGCAGAUGCUAGCGCGGCUUUUGUCGAGACGCUACGCGGACUCGGUGCGAAGGUUCUCAAGAGUUGGAACUGGAAUCCCAAUUCCAAUGGCGCCCCUGGAGAGGGUGAACGCAAAGUUGGGAUCACGCACGUAGUAUUCAAGGAUGGAAGUCCUAGGACGCUGCAGAAGGUCAAAGAGAGCAAAGGUGUUGUGCUCUGCGUUGGUGUUGCCUGGGUGACAGCUUGUGAGGAUGAACAAUCAUGGGUUGAGGAGAGCAUUUACCCAGUAGACUUGGACCAUGUUCCAAGAGGUGGCCACAGACACCGCAAAUCUAUGGAGCCCAAAGCUCUCUCGAUGACCCCCGGGGGCUCUAGUUCGGACAGCGCGAACAGCCUCACGUCUAAGACUCCUAAAGCCAUGCCAAGAAAAAUCGUCUUUCCUCAGACCGAGCUUCCAAAUAGAAUCGCGGAUGAGACAAAUCCAGUGUUGAUGCACAACCUGCUACUGGCACGGAGAAAGAGCAUGCAGUUUGCGCCCAAGAUUGGGAGUCCGCUACGCAGGUUUACUCAAAUUUCCAUGGACUGA